ACUUGUAUCACCUAUUGUGCGGUAUCCUCCGGAUUGAAUUACAGACGCGCAACACUAUUUAGCGGAACCGUUUCCUGUGUCAAAAUAUCUUGCUAGCCGACACCUCAACAUUCAACUAUUGUGUGGGACAAGAGUUUUUCGAUUUUGAAGAUAACAUGGAUGGUGAAGAGAAGACCUACGGUGGCUGUGAGGGCCCAGAUGCCAUGUAUGUGAAGCUGAUCUCUUCUGAUGGCCAUGAAUUCAUAGUGAAGAGGGAACACGCCUUGACUUCAGGGACCAUCAAAGCCAUGUUGAGUGGACCAGGUCAGUUUGCAGAGAAUGAAACCAACGAAGUGAACUUCAGAGAGAUCCCCUCCCAUGUCCUGUCCAAGGUGUGCAUGUACUUCACCUACAAGGUCCGCUACACCAACAGCUCCACGGAAAUCCCAGAGUUCCCCAUCGCCCCUGAGAUCGCCCUGGAACUACUCAUGGCUGCAAACUUCUUGGAUUGUUAAAAACUUCAAAAGAAAUGUAGCAGUGUAAAACCUUUUUUUUUUUUGACUAUUUAACUUGUUGCUUCAGAUAUAAAAACAAAAGUGAAUGAUGAGUAAGUUGUGUCAGUAUGUCAAAUGUUUUUUUUGUUUUGGUUUGUUUUGCACCAUGUUUUGUCUACAUUCUGGUAGUAAAGAUUUGAAUCUUAAUCUAAUAAACUGAUAUGGCUGCUCUAGAAUGUGACAAAGUGGCUUCCCCUCACCCCCUCCCUCCCCCCGUUGUCGUACCCAAUCAUUCCUUUACCUCCCCACCACAAUAAAGUAUGCCUGAGUGUUUUGGUGCCAAAUGG